CGACGACAGACCUUGGACAAAACCGGAUCCAUACCUUGUCGACUUCCAUUGACUGAGGGUACUUUGAACGAUUGUAAGAAUGGACGAAAUUGCACAGUUCGUAGAAGAAGUACUGACUAAAAUCGAAGAAAAAGAGGAGGAACAGGAACGUCAUUCUGUUCAUUCAACUGAAGUUGAAUCUGUAAAUUCGGCCAAUGAAAAAUGUUUAGAAGAAUGUCAGACUGAAUUUGACUUCCUAGAAGAUGAAAAAAAUAUAACGAACACUGUUGAUGAAUUUCUGCAAGAUUUAUUAUCUGAAAUUCAAAAAAAGGACAGUGUUCGCUGUAUUCAUUCAGAUGAACAGGAAGGCUGGGAAAAUAGCCAGAACUACGACAUGUUGGAAAAUGAAACAACUACAACGAAAAUUGUUGAGAGAGUUUUAGAUGAUAUAUUAACUGAAAUUCAAAAAAAGGAGGAAGAUCGCUGCAUUCAUUCAGAUGAACAGGAAGACUGCGAAAUUAUCGAGGACUACGACAUGUUGGAAAGCCCUCCCGUAGAACCUAUUCCAGGCAUCAAUGAAGGACUAAACACCCCCAAUAUUGGAGGCUAUGAAUCAAAUAAUGGAUCAACAGCUUAUCUCGUAUAUUACGAAUGGGAUGAGCCGAAGAACAUGGCCAUUCCUCACAUUCAGCAAGUACCAGUGAAUAUGUUAUACCAAUCAAAUUAUGGCUCAGACAUCCCAUCCUGUAGCAACACCCCUCAAGGAUUUAGUGGCUUGUGUUUUCUACAGGACGCUCAUCCCAUUCGUUUACCGACAUUACAACUUGACAACCCACAGCCUGGACAUUCUACGCAAGAGGACCAAUUAGUUAACAUCCAGCCUGGCCCUUCACGACAAUACGACGACGGCUCACAAAUCCCAUCGUGUAGCUACACACCUCAACCAUUUACUGGCAUGUGUUUUUUACAAGACAUGCAUUCCAUUCCUUUACCGACAUUACAACUAAUCAACGUUCCACCUGGCUUUGUUCAACCAUACGACCAAAUGGUGAACUUGCAGCCUGCUCCUCCUGAAGAAGACGACGACGAUGACGAAGUACAAAUUAUAUAUGACUCAAGAGAUGAAAGACUCCAGCUUCAUCCACCUGCUGAUAAUAAUGAAGCGAUGAAUGUAGAAGGUCAGCGAAAAUGAAGAAGAUGCUAUGUGUUAACCCGACAUUAUUUUUAUAUUUUUUUAUGUUCAUUGAUAUUACAAUCUAUUUAUAUGUGUUUAAGUUAAUCUAUUUAUUUCUUCACAAAUACCGUAUUUAUGCGAAUCUAAUGCGCA